AUGUCGUCGACGCCGUCGACGCCGUCCGGUCGGACGGACGCCGCGCUCUCCGCGGAAGCGUUGAUGGCGAAGUACGACCUCCCCGCGGGCGCGGACCACGACGCGGUGUCGCGCGUCCUCGCGAGGCUCGGGGACGUCCCUCUCGCGUCGUCCGGAUCCCGCGGGGGAGGAUCGUCGUCGGGACGGGGACGGACGCCGGGAUCCGCGCGUCGAUCGAACCCGGGCUCGAGCUCCAAGACGCCGCGAAGCACGACUAGGGUGUCCUGGAGCGCGUCCGGGAAGAGACGCGACGACCGCACCCCGGACGCGCUGUCGCUGCUGCGGCAGUACGACGACAGCCUCGGCGCGUUCGUGGACGCGCCAGACGACGCGACAGACGACGCGGAGCGGCGCGCGAGGAAAGUGUUGGAGACCGCGGAAGCCGUCAGGGUCGACUCCGCGGUGAAGCUCGCGCGGAGGCAGCGACGCGCGGAGGAGGCGAGGAGGGACCCGCUGAGCAUCGGGAACGUCGGCGGCGGACGCUUCGGCGUCUUCGGGCCGCGAGGACCGGCGGCGAACAAAGAAUUCGAUCCGAACGCGAUGACGCCGCGGAGGAGGGAACGGCUCCUGAUGAAAGAGACCGAGAGCGCGAAGGACCGCGCCGCGCGAUUCGAGGUGGCGCUUCAGAAGCGAGACCGCGAGGUGGGCGACCUCACGAAGCGCGUGAACGCGCUCGCGAAGUUUGAGACGGAAAACGCGGAGCUGAAGAUCAAGCUCGCGGCGUUGGCGCGGGAACGGAGCGCGCUGAGCGUGAUGAACGGCGCCGCCGUCGCCGCGGUGGAGGCUGCGGAGUGCGUCGAGAAGAAGAAGUCGAGCGCUUCCACCACCGGGGGGUUGCUGUCGCUCACGUCGCGAUGGCAUCAGUGGGAGUCGGAAGUUCGAAAGGGAGACAAACGGCUGGGGAUCAUCCUGAAGCAUUACAAACGCGUGGAGUACGAGCUCGAGCGAGCGAACGAGCGCGCGGAGAGCGCGAAAACGGGCGCGCUGUUCGCGAAGCACGAGCUCCAAGCGACGAGAGAGGCGAUGGACGAGCUCGGGAAGAACUACGCCGCCGCGGAGGAGCUGUUAAACGACGAACUCAGACGCCGCGAGAGCCUCGAGAAGAAACUGCGCGAGCAAACGAAAGCCAUCGAGGAGGUGGCCGCGUUCAAGGAGAAGGUGUCGUCGCACGCGGACGAGGUGACGCGUCUGAAGCACACGAAAGCGGAGCUGCUUCAGAGGAACCUGAAGCGCGACCACAGGAUCGAGUCGCUCGCGAAGAAACUGAGGGAGGUGACGAAGCAGAGGGACGACGAGAUGAGCGGCCGCGCGAAGCUCGAGGAGGAAAACGUGAAGCUCGAGGAACGGUGUCGCAUGCUGCGGAAGCGUAACGCACACUUGGAGCGAGGCACGAGGGUGGAGGACAAGGAGCGCGACGCGGUCAUCGAGGAGCUUCAGGAGGACCGCGCGAGGUUAACGUCCGAGAUUGCGAUCAAGGAGGAGGAGUGUCACAUGCUCGCGGCCAUGGUGAGCAAGGGCGCGGGCGGCGGGACGAGAAGCGGCGGGGGCGGGGGCGGCGGCGGGGGGGGCGGGGAGGUAUUCUCCGCGCGGUCGAUGUCCACGUCCGCGGCGGACGCGGAUCAGGUCUACGCGGAGUUGCUCGCGGCCGCGUCGCGGCGGUAG